AUGAUUGUAAAGGGCAUUUCUCCUGAUGUUAUCACUCACACUUCUCUGAUAUAUGGAUUUUGCAUAGUUGGUCAAUUGAAAGAAGCAAUUGGACUUUUAAAUGAAAUGUUUGUAUUCAGAAAACUCAAUGGAGAUGUUUAUAUCUUUAGUAUAUUGCUCGAUGCUUUAUGCAAGGAAGGAAAUGUCAAAGAAGCUAAAAAUGUGUUAGCUGUUAUGGUGAAACAAGGUAUCAAACCAAAUGUUGUUACUUAUACUUCAUUACUAGAUGGGUAUUGCCUAGUUAAUGAAGUCAACAAGGCCAAAGUUAUAUUCAACACCAUGGUUCAAAGAGGAGUGAUUCGUAAUGUUUGUUGCUAUACUGUCAUGAUUAAUGGGUUGUGUAAGAUUAAAAUGAUGGAUGAAGCCAUGAACCUCUUAAAAGAAAUGCAAAACAAGAAGCUUAUUCCUGAUGCAGUAACCUACAAUUCUCUUAUUGAUGGUUUGUGCAAAUCAGGGAGAAUCUCUCAUGCUUGGGAGCUUCUUGAUGAGAUGCAAGAUAGUGGUCAACCUGCCAAUGUGAUCACUUACAGUUCUUUAUUACAUGCUUUAUGUAAAAACCAUCAUGUUGAUAAGGCAAUUGCAUUUGUCAAGAAAAUUAAAGACAAAGGCAUUCAACCAGAUAUGCGCACAUACAAUAUACUCAUGGAUGGACUUUGCAAACAAGGGAGAUUUCUGGACGCACAAGUGAUUUUUAAUGAUCUUUUGAUUAAAGGCUACAAUGUUACAGUCCCCACAUAUAAUAUUAUGAUCCAUGGUCUUUGUUCUGAGGGCUUGUUUGAUGAUGCUGAGUCCCUACUGUUAAAAAUGGAAGACAAUGGCUGUGUUCCUAAUGCUAUAACUUAUGAAAUAAUUAUCCGUGCUCUCUUUGAAAAUGAUGAGAAUGAUAAGGCAUUGAAACUUUUACAUGAAAUGAUUGGCAGUGGUCAAUGA